CUUUAAAAUAUGUCUUUUUUUAGACUCACAACAAGUUUUAUAUAAAUUUAUAUUUUCAUAUAUAAAAGUAUACUACUGACUCGUUGGAUACAAUCUCAUAUAUACACACAUUCUAAUUUAAAACGGUCCUGUAGUUGAAUACUCAACGAACAAACAAUGUCAGCUUCCGGGACGUACGUGUGCCUUUGUAAUGCAGUAGGAUUUGAGCUAACGGGUGAGCCUGCCUUAGCGUGUUAUUGUCAUUGCAACACCUGUCGUGUUUACGGCGGCGCUCCUGCACGAGUAGGUGCAUACUCACCUGAGCAGUUCAAGCUCACCAAAGGAAGUGCAAACUUGAUUUCAUACGAGAGUGGACCGGGAAAGAUUCGGAACUCGUGUAAGACCUGCGGUAGUAUGAUCUAUCAUAUUUUACCGAAUGGCUUGGCCGUACCCCCCUUGGGAGGAGUCAAGUGGGCAUCUGAUGGAGUUCCAGUUGUGCCGACUAUGCACAUCUGGUACGGCGACAAAGGACUUGAAGAGGCUAACGACGACUUCAUAAAGUACGAUGGUUUCCCGGCAGGGUUCGCUUAGAUUUUAUGUGCCCAAAAACGUCUUCUUCCUGGCAGCACGUUACCUCGGUGUCGGACUUGGAAAACGUGAAUUAGUUUUUGUAAAGCACAAAGUUUCUGGACUUACCUGCAUAACCUGAACGACGAUAUUUUAAAUACAAAAGUUACUGGGCAUGUUUUGAUUUAUAGUAUGAUUACAAAUCAUCGUCUUUCUCGUUGAAAUUCUGUGACGAAUUGUCGAGCGACGUCUCAAAGGAUUUACGCACAAAUAGGCUGCAAGGUACACAACAACAACUCUGCAUUUCAGUGUUGAAAUAUAAUACCACAUAUUCUAAAACAUGUCAACUUUGUUUCGCAUUACCAUGAGAUGUAUAGUUUACACGCUGCUUUUUAAUAAUCAUAGGGCGUUAGGCGUCUGCUGCCUGUCGAGUGGCGCUGAAAACCGACCAGACAAUGAGGGCAAACGCAUAAAUUGGCCUUGGUACAUACUAUCAACCUUUUCAGUUUUGUUUCUAAAUAUAGCACCACAUAGAGCUAUUCUAAUAAAUAAGUACAUUCAGUUUCGCA